AUGGCUCCCCCAACCGCCACCGAGACCGUCGGCAACACCGUCAGCAUCCAAGCUCCCCAGUCAUCCCAAGCAGAGGGUGCCGAGAAAGCCAAGAUCAAGAUGCAAAUGCCCAAAAUGCCCGUAUUCGAGGAUAAACUGAAAGAACGGGAAUACCUCAAAGGUCGUCUAGCAGCUGCAUUCCGAAUCUUUGGCGACAAGGGGUACGACGAGGGCGUCGCCGGACAUAUCACCGUGCGCGAUCCGGUUGAUCCGAGCACGUUCUGGGUGAAUCCGUUCGGCACGGCGUUCAAGCUGAUGAAGGCCUCGGAUUUGAUCCAGGUCGACCACGACGGCAAGGUGAUUGCAGGCGGCCCAAACAGGAUGCUGAACGCCGCUGCGUUUAUGAUUCAUUCUGCUAUCCACGCCGCUCGACCGGAUGUCAACUGCGCUGCUCACAGUCAUAGUCUCCACGGUCGAGCGUUUUGCUCGCUGGGCCGCCCGCUCGAUAUCAUCUCGCAGGAUGCCUGUGCUUUCCACAAUGACUUGGCGCUGUAUUCAUCAUUCAAGGGUGUCGUGCUGGCAGAGGAAGAAGGUCAGAAUAUCGCCCGGGCUCUGGGUAACAAGAAGGCGGCGCUCCUGCAGAACCACGGUCUUCUGACCGUCGGCAAUACCAUUGAAGAGACCGUGUUUUGGUUUGUCAGUCUUGAAAAAUGCUGCUAUGCCCAGCUCCUCGCGGACGCAGCCGCCGCUGGACGAGGUGAAAAGACGGUCAAGAUUGAAGAAGCCGAUGCUGCAUUCACUUACAAGACUGUGGGAACCCCCAUGGCCGGCUGGUUCAGUGCGAAGCCGUUGUUUGAUGUGAUCCAUGCAGAGACCAAGGGUGAAUACUUGGAAUGA